UCACCAUUUUGUGACUGUAGUGGGAAAAGAAGACCGAUAGUUUUUUUAUAUGCUUGUUUGAGUUUCUGCGGGGGAAAGACAUGUUUCGCGGAGGAAAAGUAAAGUGUGAGGCCGGACAGCGGAGCCGCCGAAGCCGACAGGCGAGGGAUGUAACGAAGAGCCGCGCGAGCCUCCGCAUCAGCAGGACGAGAUUAUAAAUCUUCCUCCGGCGAAGGGGACGAGCUCUGUUUUGGACCGCAGCUCAGAGGACAGAAAGAGGGGGAGAAGAAAAGAGGAGAAAGACAAAUUAAAGGAGUGCCUUAGAAGUGAAGAAGAGGAGCGACACACAAUCCACAGUACUUGGUGAACAGUGAGGAAAAGAUGAGACCAAUAAAAAAGCACAGAGGGCGUUCUCCGCCGUUAGCACGAGGCAGAGGGGGGAGACGGAGAGGAGCCUCUCAGCUCCUCCAGGAGAAAGACCCCAAAAGAGUUAAGAGGGAGACACUCGUCAAAACCACACAGCACACACCCAACACUCCCUCCAUACGCAAACAGAGUCCGCCUACAGCCAGCAACUCAAACGAGGAGCCGGUCGCAAACAGCAACAGGGAGGAGACAACUGAGCCGAGGAAACCUGCGGAGUCAGUUGACAGAGAUGGAAAGAAGGCAGUAGAAAAGACAGAAAAAGAGAAGACAGUGGGCACGAAUACAGCCAUGUCCACCAAAUCUUUAGCAUUUCCUACCUCUGCCCCGGCUCCACUGUCCACAGCCACGCCUACUCUCGCCACCAAUCACAGCCCCAGUUUAGGCUCAGUCUCGAGUAGGAAAACAGCCACAUUUAAGGCCCGCGUCCCGAAGAAGAAGUACACAUAUGAGCACUUUGCUAACAAUGCAAGUGCCCUGACUACCAUUCCUACCUCCAGCCCUGCACUCAUACACAACAGCUACUGCAAUAUUAACAGCAAAAUUAGUGAUAAUGUGAAAAUACUCAACAAUAUUAGUAAUAGCAUUAACAGAAGCAUUAAUGUUAGUAUCAAUAGUAGUACUAACAGUAACACUACAAGUGGUAUUAACACAACUAACAGUAGUAAUAGUAGUGCUGGGAGCCAUAAUACGAUCAUUAAUAGCAGUAAUAGUAGAAGUAAUAAUUGCUCAGGUAAUCAGCCAUCAGUGCUAACUGUGGAUAGUAAAGCUACAGAAGAAAACCAUCUAAUCCCCAUGGAAGAUAGGGCCCUCAGGAUUGCAGACUCCCAGGAAAAAGAGGCCAAAGUUGGUGAAAAUGAGUCAGAGGGGGCCCCCAACUCGGUGCGCUCCUCGUCCACUGAUACAGCUAGUGAGCACUCAGCUGACCUGGACGCGAUGGAAGCGACAGGUCCCAGCCUUCAUCAAAAAAACUCCCACCUCGCGGCUCCCCUCCAUAACUCGCACCCUGAAGAGGCCAGCCUUUCAGGGGGGCUGGCUGAAGCUCUGGCCAAAGGCAUGAAGAACCAAAGGGUCCUGGCUCGUCAGCUAAAGAGGGCCAUAGAGAGUGUGGUUGGGUCUGCGAUGGACAGAGGGGUCAAGGAGAGAGACUUGUCGACUGUGUUCAGACCAGGGGUGGUGCGUCGGGUAAGUGGAGGUUCAGUGGAAGUCCAGCUUCAAGGAGAGGAGACGUUUGUUAAAUACCCUUUCCAUGGUGGAUCCGUGAUGAUAUCAUCACCAUCAGCGGGGGCAGAUACCACUGUGGACUUCAUUUUGGAUGCCCCCCCACCUGGCAUGGCACCUGUGGCUGUAGGGACCCAAGUGUGUGUGCCCUUUGGUGGAGAGGAGAGGGGUCCUCUGCUGUACAGACAGGGGAUUAUCACUCAGGUGGACCCUCACCCUGGCGUCUCAUUCCCCUACCAGGUGCUCCUUUGUGAGGACAGAGAGACUCUUGGUAAUGGGGGGGUGGCAGAGGAAAAAGAAAAAGGGAAAGCUGUGUGGGUGUCCCGGCAGAGCAUGAGACUCCUCACCCCUCCCUGGGAGGUCCCACAUUUGGAUGGUGGGAAAGCAAAGGAGAGGGAACGGGAGAGGGAAAGGGAAGAGAGGGAGCGGAGGGAGGAGAUGGAGGUAGAGAGAGAAGUGUGCCAGUUGAGUAUUGGAAUGGGGGUGCUGGGAGGGGGAGCAAGAUUAGAUUUUGCACAUGAAGGGGUCACAGGAGGGCAUCCAUAUGGGAGCACACAUCCACCCCCCCACUCUUCCACUGUCACCUCCAGUGCAGUAGCCAGCACAGUUCAUGGCUGCGGAGGAAACUACUCCGACCGAGAAGGAGAGAAACAGCCAAACACUCCAGAUGAAGAUGUAGAGGUGUCCCGUUUUAACAUGGGCCUUUCAGCUGGUCCCAAGCCAAAUGCUGGGACCUCUCAGCAGAGGAACAUCAUCUCCAAGUCCCGCAGCUACCCUCCCUCCUCCCCCCACCUCACUGUAGUACGGGGUCUGGGACCCCCACGCCUCUCCACACUUGCUAGUCCUCAGCCUCCCCCUUCACCUGCCUUACUGGGGUCUGAAAUUAACAACACCACUCCAAACCUACCUCCAUCCAAGACCACUCCCACCCAGACCCAUACUCCCACUUCUGGUGGGGGAUCCUCCUCUACCUCCUCUCGCUCCAGGACUCCCCUCUCAUUGGCUCAGCAAAAAUACAAGAAGGGCGAUGUGGUGUGCACCCCGAAUGGUAUCCGUAAGAAGUUCAACGGUAAGCAGUGGAGAAGGCUGUGCUCCAGGGAGGGCUGUAUGAAGGAGUCUCAGCGUCGAGGAUACUGCUCCAGACACUUGUCCAUGAGGACCAAAGAGAUGGAGGCAGCAGGGGGGGAGAGGGGGGCUGGAGGAGGAGGAAGCAGCUCAGGGACCGUCACCCCCUCUGACCUACGAGGCAGAGCCAGUAGUGAGUUUGAGUGGGAUGACACAUCAAGAGAGAGUAGUGAGACCAGUAGCAGAGGAGACUCCAGACCUCGCCUGGUCCUGCCUUCCCUCCUCCCCCAUGACCUGUCUUCACGCUUUGACUUUGAUGAGUGUGAGGCCGCCACCAUGCUCGUAUCAUUGGGGAGCUCCCGCUCGGGCACCCCCUCCUUUUCUCCCAUCUCCAACCAGUCGCCCUUCUCCCCUGCCCCAUCUCCCUCACCCUCCCCACUUUUUGGCUUCAGGCCGGCAAACUUCUCCCCGAUUACCGCCUCCCCGGUUCUGCAACACCGGAGGCACAGGCAGCCCAGUGGUACGGGGGGAGGAGGGGGAGGGGGCAGUAAAGCGGUAGCCUCAGCUGGGGGAGCAGAAAGAGAGAGACACACUUCAGGCAUCCAGCCUUCCUUCCACAGCAACCUGACGUUUACAGUCCCCAUGAGCCCCAGCAAACGAAAGCCAGAUGCACCUCCUCUACCACCCCUUCCCUCACACCACCACGAUUACACAACUAAGACAGAGUUGGAUCAGGGUGAACUCAACUCUUUCAGGGUGUUGUCCCCCCAGACACCAGCUUCACAUUCCCACACACACACGCCCACCUUCCCCCGACCCAGAGGAGUGACCACCCCCUCUUUAAGUCGGCCCUCGUCCUCCACUGCUGUCUCCCCUCCUCCUCUGCUGGUGUCUCCAACUCCUCCUUCUCCACUCACCCUUGAUGGGGGGCCUCUUCGUGGGGUCCCUGUAUCCCAACAGGCCUUGCGGGACUCCCCUGUCAUUGUGCGUAAUCCUGAAGUCCCACUGGCAAAAUUUACAGAAUGUCCCUUAGGAAGAGGAGGAGGAGGUGGAAACGAAGGCGGGAUUAAUAACACUUCAUCUAAAGACAUCGGCAUAACACCCCUUACCCCUCAGCCAAUUUGUGGACUCCAGGUUCCCGUCCCCAUUAAUGCUGCCACAGCCACCGUACCCAAUGGCACCAUCCUUUUGCGAAGCCCGACCCAAACUUUGGUGCUUGUGUCCCCAUCACCUUCCUCCCUACUCACCACUGACAACCCUGCCACCCCCCUGCAGGCUCUGUCAGUUACUGUCAGCCAAGCCACUGCCCCCGCUCCAAGUAGCACGGACAGCUCUGUGGAACGUCAGGAGAACAGGGGGACAGGGUUUGGGGGUGAGGUCCAGCAGCCAGUUCCCUGUCACCCGUCUCCCACUGCAUUGCUGCCCUUGAUCCUCCCAGCAGAAAACCUUCACCCCAUCCCACGGAAGGACAUCAUCAUGGGACGUCCUGGCACAGUGUGGACCAAUGUAGAGCCCCGGUCAGUUCCAGUCUUCCCCUGGCAUUCAUUGGUCCCCUUCCUGGCACCAACCCAAUCAGAUGCUUCUUCUCAGCCAGGGGAGGUUCAGCAUCCAGUCAACCACCCCCAAGCAGCCAUUCUGAAGACAGAGUGUCAGGGGGUGUCAGCGCUGUCACAAGAGCCUGCAGAGGCACCUCCCACUGUUGAAAGAGGUCCCCCGUCCCGGCCUCCCCCCUCCUCUGAAGAGCCGCCUCCAGAGAAGGAGAAGGGAGAUGCAGAGAGGGAGAGGCCUGACAGCGAGACAGAGAGCGAUGUGGAUGAUCCUUUCCUUCCAGGAGUUGUACCAGAGCCGCCCCUCUCUACAUCACCAGUAAAGAGGCGCACUCAGUCCCUCAGUGCGCUGCCCAAAGAUGGAGACAAGAGCAGCCCUGGAAAGAGGGAGAAGGACCACAUCCGCCGGCCGAUGAAUGCCUUCAUGAUUUUCAGCAAGCGCCAUCGAGCAUUGGUGCACCAGCGGCACCCAAACCAGGACAACAGGACAGUGAGCAAGAUUCUUGGGGAGUGGUGGUAUGCUCUGGGACCCAAGGAGAAACAAAAGUACCACGAUUUGGCCUUCCAGGUAAAGGAGGCCCACUUUAAGGCGCACCCAGACUGGAAGUGGUGCAACAAAGACAGGAAGAAGUCCAGCUCUGAAGGCCGAGGAGUCCCAGGAGGCAAAGACAUCCGAGAGAGGAGCAUGUCCGAGUCCACAGAGCCCCAUUCUGUGGAGCUGAAGGGGGCAGGUCCAGGUCUGGUUUCUGAGAGGAGUACAGGUGAAGGUCAUGUGGGCCAACUUACCCGACCCCGAGCCUUCUCUCAAAGUGCCAUGCACAGCCUGGAGCGCAGCGACAGGGGUAACACACAGGCCCUGGCAGAACUGGCACAGAUGUGUGGGGAUGGUGGCAGCCAGUUUUCGAGUCAUGCCCCACCCCUGUCGCAGUCCCAGCGGGGGGUCAGUGAGGACAUGACCAGUGACGAGGAGCGCAUGGUCAUCUGUGAGGAAGAAGGAGAUGAUGAUGUCAUUGAGGGCCCCUAUCCUAGUAGUUCCAUAGACCUUAAGUGUAAGGAGCGGGUGACCGACAGCGAUAGUGAUAAUGGUUCUGGAGACGAAAGUGAUCGGAAGAGAAUAUUUGCCCCAGUCAUUUGCUCGACUGCAUCAUCAUCUUCCUCACACCAUACCCCUCAUGGCAGGAGUGUCUCUCUGUCCUCCUACCCCACCAGCAAGCGUUACGAUGAGGGGAGAUCAGGAGUGGGUGGGUUUUCAGAUCACAGGAGGAAGGAAAGAGGAGAAGGAGAGGGUAAGGACACAUAUGGGGGAGAGGGAGGAGGAGGUGGUGGUAUACAAGCCUCUUCUCUCUCCCUCUCGUCCGGCCAGUCGGUCAUUUCCACCUCUGCAGCUGGAGGGACUCCGUCCUCGGCACUGGGUGUGAACCCACUACUGGGCAUUGGUGCUGUGAGGGUGGCGUCUACGGUGGUGACCAAUGUGAUGCGUCCUGUUAUCAGCACACCGCUCCCCAUCGCCAGCAAACCCAGAGAUGGAGGCACCUCAUCCAGUCCACAUCCACCAGAGAAGAGGUCCCUGACUCCCCACCAGCAGCAACUGCUGAUUGGUUCAGGACCAGGAAGCGGGCCUACUGCCAUAGGUGGUGGGUACUACUCUUCUUCUUCACCUAAUCCUGUAGGUGGAGGCGUAGGCCCAGGUGGUGUAGUGACUAAUUUGGUGUUAGGAGGGGCUCUGUCUGCGCAAUCUGCUGUACAGCUCUUCACCCCCUCCCCCCACUCUCAGCCCUCCCUGCAUCAGGCCCUUACCUCCACUACUGUUUCAGUUCCGCAUAGCCAAACCAACGGGCCCCUGCCUAUGCCCCUGCUUCAGCCCCAGUUCCUUCCUGCUUCCUCCAUGGCACCCCACGGGGGAAAGGCCAUCACACAAGUUCAGUACAUCCUGCCCACUCUACCUGCCAACACCAACCCCAGGAGUCCACCUCAGCAUCCCAGCCAGCCAACCAGUAUCUUCAACCUGCCCACAGCUCCACCCACACACAUGUCCUUUGCCAAUGGAAAGCAGCAGGGUACAAGUUCACUGACAGGAUAUACGUCCAGCCCUGCAGUGGGAGUGGUCAGCCCAGGAACUAGAGUACAAACACAGUCCCCGGUGCUCCAGGGUAAAAUGCUUGUUCCCAUGGCAACAGUGCGGACUGCACCAGCCCCUGCCCAGCAGUUUCCCAUUGUGGCUCCACCCCUUCCUGUCCAGAACGGUGCUCAUACAGGAAGCAAGAUCAUUCAGAUAGCGCCCAUGCCUGUGGUCCAGUCCCAGCUCUCUCAGGGUGGGGCAGUGCACCCUGCCAGCCCCUUCCCUGUAACAGUGGGCACAGCUACUGUGGUGGCUCCGGGAUCAGCCCCCUCCCAGGCUGUACUGCUGCCACCAGCACCCACCAGGAUCACCUAUGUCCAGUCCACUCCAGGGGUCCCGUCCACUCUGCCUCUGGUCUCCACGACCACAGGCUCCUCUCCCACUCAGCAAGCUUUGCCAGUGCCUGGGUCUGCAUAUGUUUCCUCGCCCCUAGCAACACUUGGGUUUACAGCCAUUGCACCACCUGGACAGACAUUGGUUCAGCCACUCAUUGCAGGUCAGCCUCCGCUCUUAGCCACAGCUCAGGCUCCUCAGCCCCCCACGUCAGGCCCUGCCUCAGGCUCCGGGGGCCAGAUAGUCACCGCCAUCUACCCUCCUUCGACCAGCGUCGCCAUGGCAACGGGGUUGGUCUCCAUGACAACGGUGCCCCCCAGCGUGGUGUACUCUGUCUCCAGCCCUUCCAGCAUGUCCCCCCACAUCCUGCCCAAACACACGGCAACAGCCGCCACAAUCACACACCUGCCUCCGGAUAGACAGGCGGAGCGGCACCUGCCUCCCAACCGAGCCGCAGAUCGACAGGCCGAGAGGCAGACGGAGCUGCUGACACACUCGGACAGACAGCUGGAGAGGCAGAUGCAGGCCUCCGGCAAUAGCAGCUCAGUGGCACCUCCCGGUGGCUUAACUGUGUCCAUAAGGCCCUGCAGUCCUUCACUUCAAAUCCAAACACCUGGCAGCUCACCGGGUACACCCAAACUAACCCAGCUUCCAGCCAGGGCCCCUCAGAAGGUGAAGGCAACAGUGGCAAACAUCCCUGUGGGCAGCUACGAAGGAGGAGGACGAGGUAAGGAGAGAGAUCGGGAGAAGGACCGGGAGCGAGAGCGGGAAAAAGAGAGGGAAAGAGAGCGGGACGAUGCAGCCAACAGUCACUUCUCCUUUGAUCCCGAGCCCAUGGGGCAGAUGGGGUCUCAGUCGACACUUCCCGUGGAGGAGCCACAGUCCUCCGACAGACCCCUGGAGGGCUCCAGUGUGGCGGACUCCUCUGACAAACGCACCAGGGAGAUCACAAGCACCAAAGAGCCUGAAUGGAAGGACUCUCUCCCCUCCUCUCCCCUGUCCGCCGCCGAACCCGCACUGCCACCACCACAGACCGACAAAGACGGCCCCCCACCCAAAAAGGUCAAAGCCCGUCCACCUCCUCUCAAGAAGACCUUUGACUCUGUGGACAAGUCUGGCAGGGUGCUGUCGGAAGUUUAUUUCGAGGAGCGCUUCGCCGAGCUGCCGGAGUUCCGACCUGAGGAGGUUUUGCCCUCACCCACCCUGCAGAGUUUGGCCACUUCACCCCGCGCCAUUCUGGGCAGCUAUCGCCGUAAGAGGAAGAACUCAACAGAUUUGGACUCGGCCACUGACGAGCAAGUCUCCCCUAAGAGAAAGAGCCGGAGACGCUCGAGCUGCAGUUCGGAACCCAACACUCCGAAAAGUGCCGCCAAGUGUGAGGGAGACAUCUUCACCUUCGACAGAGCAGAUUCCAGGGGUCUCAACCACUCCACCUAUUUGUCCCCACUCCCAGCCACAGAUGGAGAAGACAUCCUGGCAGAACUGGAGUUUGAAAAAGUGCCGUACUCGUCCCUGCGACGAACACUGGACCAGAGGAGAGCACUGGUCAUGCAGCUGUUCCAGGAGCAGGGCUUCUUCCCAUCAGCUCAGGCCACUGCAGCCUUCCAGACAAGAUACUCCGACAUAUUCCCCACCAAGGUGUGUCUACAGCUGAAGAUCCGGGAAGUCCGGCAGAAGAUCAUGCAGACUGCCGCCCCUUCCGACGCCUCCGGUUUAUGCAUCUCCGACCAGGCUGGCUCCCUCCCGGGACCCUCCGGCUCACAGUCAGGAGAGGGCUGUGCGAGAGGAAGCGGGGACCUGCAGGAUGACGAAGUGGAGCAAGGCACAGACGCGAGCCCAGAGGACCCUCGGGACUCGCACGACUCUUGUAGAUGAGGGAUGUUGAUUUUAGAUUGACCAAUUGGUGACGAUUGCCGUCGCACAUUUCCAUCCCGUAUGCGCUUUCACGCCUUUUUUUUUUUAAAUCCACUUUUCUUUGCUCUCCUGUGGUGAGAUAUUUUCUUUCCAUCUAUCCUCAGCAGCCAAUCAUUGAGAGAGUAUGCAAUGCAAUGUUGAGACUUUUUUAAAUGCGUGACCCUUGUACCAAAAAAAAAGAAAGUGGCACAAAACUACCACAUACCACAACACACACCUGGCAAACCCUUAAAUCCCACACUUGGAGGAAGCUCCCAUUGAUGCCAGUGAGUGAAGGACCAUUGUGCACAGCUGCACUCAUUUGCUCCGAGGAAAAAAGGAUUCUUCCUUUUGGACGGAGAUCUGCUCAUUAACCCAUUCUGAGAAGGUGAAAAGUCAGCAGGAUGUUAUAUGAUUGGAUAUUUCUUUUUAACAGGGUAAGAGGAGGAAAAGCAGUGAGCAUCUGCGCAUCCUGUAUGUAGAUUCAACAGUUGUGAGCCUGUGUCUCGUUUCUGCUGACAUCCGGGGGCUGGGCCCUCAACAGCUUGAAACCAUUUGAUUUGAAGAGAGCACUCGUUGCUACAAACCUGGAAAGACCCUCCCCUUCCAUUUUACUGUUCACACAUGGACCUUCAGGGGAGGUGGACCAGAAGUGACUGAAACAAAGGACUGAAACAUUAGCGGACUUCUGGCAGUGCCAUCAUUCCUGCGAUUACCUGUCUGGCCAAAUCCUCCUUUCUCAUGACCGACCCCUAGCACAUGCUGGUGGGUAGGAACCAAACAUUCCUGUGCCUCUCGUCCGCUAACCGUGAAGGAAGGUGGUGGGUCCGAGUCAACGGGCACAGCCUGGCUCAUAGUUGUAUAGGUCGGACUGUUACAGCCUCGGUCCUCUAACGCCAAGCAGUUUUAUUUUUUUUUUUUUGGUAUUUAACAUGGUCAUAUUCAGUUUGUUGUACUAUUCUGAUGGUUAUUGUUAUUUCUCCUUCUACCAUUGCAGUGGAUCCUGGACCUUAGUUCUCGUCUCAUAGCUUUAUUGAUUUUCUUGUGCUCGUUUUCUUUUCAUACUUUUUGAAGACGGGUGAAAGUUGCUUCUCUGCGCCUGCACACUUCCUCCAUUGCGGUCUUCCCUUGACUGGCCUCUCACUUCAGCAAGGACCUGUGGUGCCGUUCAUUUUUAUGGUUCCUUCUUAAAGAGGACGACGACCUCAACGUGGACCUUUUUUAUAUUCUUUCAUCAGUAAUAAGCCGUGUAUGUUUUAGACAACCAUGUAUGCCUCUCUGUCCCUCGCUAAGUUUGACUCUAUAGCCUCAACGUCUGUACAUCUCCUUCCGCCACCUCUUUCCUUCCCUCCUUCCUCCCUUUGUCACUUUAUUUCUCUCUCCGGACGCUCCUUCAUAGACGGGCGGAGAGAAAGUGGGGGUAAGUGAGAGGAGGGUAAUGAAUCAAAAGAGAGCUGGUAGGAUUUCAUACUGGUUGUGUCUUUGUGCAAGACUUGGUUGUGCUGUAAAUAAUUACCGUAGAGUCAGUAGACUCAUUAUAUUAUUGAUAAGGAACAUAUGUUGACUUUUAAGACACCCACUUACCGAAGGUAAAAACAUGAAAAGGAAAAAACAAUAAUAAAUAUGACUUAAUGGUUUUUUUGUGUUAUACUCCUUGUUUUGCUGUUCCAGUAUGCAGGAGGGGAAUUUAUAAUGAAUAAUUUAAGGUUUGUAUCUGUAUCUUUCAGUAUGCAAAUAAAAAUGUGUUCAAUUAAAGUGA